UUUAUAUAUCAAUUAUGAACUACAUACUAUUAUUAUGUGUUGCUACGUACUUGGUUACGAUUGCAUUUGGGUCUGAUGUCAUUAGUGUGGUGGAGGUCAUGACCCCCUCUGGUUGGGUAAGAGGAUACGAAGAACAACAUGACGAAGGGGAGGUGUUCAGAUUUAUUAAAAUUCCAUAUGCUCAACCUCCGAUAGGGGAAUUACGCUUUCAGAAAACAAAACCCAUCGGUGAGUGGGACGGAGUCGAAUGAAUUCGAGAUGUAAAUGCUCCACAGUGUCCUCAAACAGAAUAUCCAAUGCCUGGAUUUGAUGCAUUGGAAACCGACGAAGAUUGUCUAUACCUUAAUAUAUAUGUACCUGGCAAAAUUUCUGAAGAAAGAAAUCUGUCUGUUAUGGUUUAUAUUCCUGGUGGUGGAUUUAUAUAUGGUGGAGCUAGUCAGUAUAAACCUCAGAAGCUAGUUCUAGGAGGAGAUGUUAUCGUCGUUACCAUUAAUUAUAGACUAGGUCUCCUUGGGUUUCUCACAUUGCAUGACCCUCUUGCACCAGGAAAUUACGGACUAUGGGAUCAGAUUGAGGCUUUAAAAUGGGUUCAGAACAAUAUUGCAGCCUUUGGAGGAAAUCCUAAAUCUGUUACUCUAUUUGGUGAAUCAGCAGGAGGCAUGAGUGUGAGUCUUCUGACAUUGAUUCCAUCAAACGAAGGACUUUUUCAAAGAGCUAUUUCACAAAGUGGAGUUGUUUCGUUCUUUUCCAUUUCGAGGAGACGAGAAGAAGACCAAACCAAUAAUUUGUUACUUAAGAAAACAAAUUGCACAGGUAAAGGAAAUGUUACAGAAACAUUGAAAUGUCUAAAAGACAUACCUGCGGAAAAUUUUCCAGCGGCAAUAUCCAUGAUGGAAUUUGUAAAACCUUUAAAUUUAACUUUUGAAUUAGGAAGUAUGGUUCCAACAGUUGAUGGUGAUUUGUUUAAAGAUCAUUUGGCUUAUCCAAAGUCUUGGGAUGACGAUGUUUAUCGCUUUUUCCGCAGUAUUGAUUUCAUGUCAGGAACUUUAGACGGAGAAGGGGAUUCGAUGUAUGAGAUGUUAUCUCCAGAAACACAGGAACAUUUCAAAUUCAACUCAUCAGAGCGGGUUCCUGUAAGUGUUUUAUGUGAAAUGUUGGCACCAGGCUUCGUUGAUACUGUUGCGGGAAAUCUUCCGGAACUUACUCAGGAGAUAUGUGAGUUUUAUACUACCUCUGAAGGAGAUGAUGUGCAGAGUAUGAGAGUUGCCGACUUUCAGGGGGAUUCGUGGUUUAUUGUACCAAGCAACAUCAUAUUAGAAAUUCACGCUAAAAACAAUAACAAUGGUAAAACAUUCCAGUACUUAAUUACAAAGCCAACUCCAUUUCCUUUCACUGAUCAAGAAAUACCAUUCUGGUUUAAAGGAGCUGGCCAUGGGCAGGACUUGCAUUUGAUGUUCAAUGUAACCUCCAAUCACGUCUCAGAAGAAACGCUGAAAAAACAUGACUUACAGGCAGUAGAAAAACUGUCUAAAGACGUCAUUAAGUAUUGGACUAAUUUUGCGAAGUAUGGUGAUCCCAAUGGAGAUGGCGUUCCAAAGUGGCCCUCUUUUGAUACUGUCACUAAAAAAUAUGCAAUUUUGGACACUCCAAUAACAGAGGGAGAAAAUCUUAAACCUGAUGAAACAGAUUUAUUAAAAAAGGUCCUUGACAAAGGGCGACCUAAUGCUAUGCAUGACGAGUUAUAGCAACAAUAAUUUUGAGAUCUGGCUUAUCAUAAAUGUCUUAAAGUAUUUGA